GAUUUAAUAGAUUAAAUUGGCAAAUAAAAUGGUUUCACGAUAGAAAUGAAAGGGACUUUCACAUCCUACUCAGAAUUACCAGUUUUAUGGAGGAUUAACGUGAGAGCUGCAUGCUUUGAUCUUAUUGCACCUGGGUUCAAAUCCUAGCUCUUGUUACUAUCUUGUUCUGUAAAUUCUAGGCAAGCCAUUUAAUUAGGGGUCAGCAACCUCGCUUCCAAUGAGUUGUCAGGAUUAAAUGAAAUCAUCAAAAGCAUCCUAAAAAGAAAAUAUACAAACAGCACUGCUAUGACUGGUUCAAUUAUUUAAGUGCCUGUGUAGAGCUGGAAGGGCAGGAACCCUAUCCUAUUUUAUUCUUUCUGAACCCCAUCUUGUUUUUUCAGAGCCAAGAAGCCCAAGGUGAUUUAUGCAUCAGUCCACAUACUUCACCAUCAUCGGAAACAGCCUCCUCAUUCAUUAAUCUUUCUCAGGCCUUGCUUUCAACCAGAACAGAGAGCUGCCAUACUCUAAGAUUCAGACAUACUCUACUUUUUAUGUUCACUAUCAAGCUUCUUCUCUUGUGAGGCAACAUCAAGAACAGAAACCUAUCUGGAAGAUAAGGAUGAAUGAACAGUUUGAAACCACUGACUGCUCUCUAAUGGCUUUCUAAGCCUACAGGUGUGAACCGGGCAGAUGAAGUCAGCAGUUCUCAAAAGCAUAGAGCAUGACAUGCACUCUCCAUGAGGCGUCAUUCCUUUUAAGGAAGACUUUUCGCUAGAAAAGUGCCUGAAAAUGUCGGACAGAUGUUUGGGGAAAGAAUGGAAAUCCUAGAUAUAAGACUCUGUUGGUGUUAUUGCUGUACGUUACACAGGAAACUGACUAGGGGGUGGGGCCGGCUCUCAUUUGAGUACUCUGCAUUGCUACCCGGUGCCAGAGCUGGUCUCCGGUAAGGAGGACUAAGACGGCCUACCAUCGACCUGAUGUCGACUGGGGUUUUGAAUCAGGAAGGGUGAAACAGAAGUAGUGUUUCUGCGAUGGGACAAAAUAAGGCCCCUUACAGCCACGCACGUCUGCAACAAGCACUCCUCGGACAGUUUCUCCCCAAUCCCUUCCCUUAAUGAGAGAGCGCGCGCUCGUGAAGGGCCAUUACCAUCCUGCAGGAUGAGGGUGGGCUGCACCGCCUGCACUCGAAACUGCCUGGCCCUCCAGCCGGGGCUCGGAGCCCGGACCACCUCACUGUCGGACAGCCAGGUCACGGUUUCAAAGUUGUCCCCGCGAGCCAGCGCCUCGGCCUCGGCGUGGUGCACUGCCACCCGGUCGAACUGGUAGAGGCCGCCGGAGUGGUCGAAAUGCACGUGAGUGGCCACAGCCAGCAGUGGCCGGCAUGCCGCAUCCUCUUUGGCCUCGCGGUCCUGCAAAAGGCCAGAAGAGUACAGGUACUCCGGGAGGCUGCGCAGGCCCAGGCCUGUGUCGAUCACAACGUCUUGCUCCGAGCCUCGCACUAGCCAGAUGUUGGCGCGGUUGCCUGACUCAUAGAAGCGUUCCUGAAUCCAGAAGAUACCGUCGCCCAGAGACUUGUGGGCGUACCACUCGAGCGCCGACAUGCUGAGUAGGGAUGCGGCCAGGCGGAGUGGGUGUGGGCGUGUGUGCCUCCUGCAGGCUGCCCAGACUCCGGCGCUGCGGCGGGAUAGACUGGUCUGCCUGCAGUCGGGAAGAAGGCGCAGAGCAAGAAGGGGGCGGGGGAUGCAAAAGGAGUGGGAGGAGAACUGGGAGGAGGAAGGACUCUCGGAGACGCUGCCUUCCGCACCCUCCCUCCCGGUCCGCAAAGAACAGAGACCUAUCUCCUUGCACCCCGGUGCAGAAACAAUCGCAGCAUCAGAGGCCACAGCAGAAAGUAGCGUCAAUUCAGUAGACAAGGGAUUCAGAAAGCGACACUCUUCCUACCGCCAGGUGUUUGACUGUAGAGGGCAGGGGCCAGGUUUGGAAGGCCCCAGGGCCGCCCACACACCGCGCGCCGUGAUGCGCACUUCCAGCCGGCGCAGAAAGAGUCAGGCCAAGGAGGUUGGACCGGUACGGUUCCCGCCAAGGGAUAAAAAGCUCUCUCCCCAGAGGGCGGGGCCUACCUAGCGAGUGGGCGGAGCUAACUGGUGCGAUCGGAACGCGAUUCUGAGGCCUCGUGGAGGGCGGAGCGCGUUUUUCCAGAGGUGGAACCAGCACUCGGCGUCGGAACCUUCUGUCCGCACCCCUUCCUUGCCGGCCGGCACUUCGGCCGCACAGUUUUCUCAAGCUUCGAGACUUAGUAAGCAGAAUUUGCCUACUUUUCUGGUAUAACAAUUUCCAAUGGCUGGGAAUAAAGGAAGAGGACGUGCUGCUUAUACGUUUAACAUCGAGGCAGUUGGAUUUAGCAGAGGUGAAAAGUUACCCGAUGUUGUAUUGAAACCACCUCCACUAUUUCCUGAUACAGAUUAUAAACCAGUGCCACUGAAAACAGGAGAGGGUGAAGAUUAUGUACUGGCCUUAAAACAGGAGUUGAGAGAAACAAUGAAAAGAAUGCCUUAUUUUGUAGAAACACCUGAAGAAAAACAAGAUAUUGAAAGAUAUAGUAAAAGAUAUAUGAAGGUGGACAAAGAAGAGUGGAUACCAGAUUGGAGAAGACUUCCCAGAGAGUUGAUGCCAAGAAAAAAAUGCAAAAAAGGCCCCAAAUCCAAAAAGACAAAAGAUCCAGGCAAAGGCACUUCACUCACUAAUACUGCAGAUGUACUGAAAAAAAUUGAGGAAUUGGAAAAGAGAGGUGAUGGUGAAAAAUCAGAUGAGGAAAAUGAAGAAAAGGAAGGAAGCAAAGAGAAAAGUAAAGAAGGUGAUGAUGAUGAUGACGAUGAUGCUGCAGAAGAGGAGGAAUAUGAUGAAGAAGAGCAAGAAGAGGAAAAUGACUACAUUAAUUCAUACUUUGAAGAUGGAGAUGAUUUUGGUGCAGACAGUGAUGACAACAUGGAUGAAGCAACCUACUAGCUGUGAAAUUCCCCCCCCCAAAUUUUUAUGAUCAGCUUUUGAACAUUUGUACAGAUUUGUAUUUCUGUUUUAUUUCUGAUAAGGAAUGAGUUUUUUUGUUCGUGAUUGGUUGGACAAAUACUUGUUACUGAAACACUGAGAACUACUUUAUGUUUACAUGCUAGUUACCUUACCAAUUAAUCCCUGACACUGGGACAUUCCUUCUUAACUCUUCUGUCAUCCUUCUUGUGUAUUCAAAUGGAUUUUUUAAAUAUUAUUUGGAUUAGAAUGUGCCUAAAUAGUUUUUGCAUCUUUUAGUCUAUGUAUUCAUACCUGAACAAAUUAUUCCUGUUUAACUGCUAGUCUUUUCUAAAACUACUACUAGUCAUCAGAAUGGAGUUCUCUAAUCUGAAAGUCGGUUUAAUACUGCACAUGGAGCACUUUAAAAACAAAGAAACUUGAACAUAAUUUUAUUGUUUACUUUUACAUGGUAUGUUCUGUGCUACUAUGUUACGACCACAUAAACCUACCUGAGCGCUUCUAAGUGUGUAUUUUAUGAGAUUAAAAGUUUUGUGACUGGAAGCAUGUGCACAAGGAAAAAUGGCAAUCUGAGCUAAAUAAAUUUCACAGCUUACAUCUCAACCAGUACAAAGACCUGGGGUGAAUAUUAAAGAUGCCUGAAUUGGGAAUUCCCUCUGUAGUGCAGCAGGUUAGAGAUCUAGCAUUGCUGCAGCUGUGGCUUAGGUCCCAGUUGCACCUUGGAUUCAGUCCCUGGCCCAGGAACUUAAGUAUGCCACAGGUGUGGCCAAAAAAACAAAAAACAAAAAUGUGAAUUGGGGCUAACUUCAUACCAUGUAAUAUAUGAAUUCAUCAUCCCACUGUAGUAAGUUUGAUAUUUUUGAGUAGUUGGCUUAUGAAAAACUAGACUAAGACAUCUUAAUUUUGUACUUAAAUGUGGAGUAAGUUCUAGUCAUAUAAAUCUUAUUGCAGAACUCAUGUAUAUGAAAUCUCUGAGGUGUAGUGGUCUCUGUUAUGUUUCACGGGACUUAGCUGUCCAAUUGAUUUAUAUAACACCACAGGAUAAAAUUCAGGUCAUUUUGAAACUAAGAUUAAUCUUUUUUUGCUACAGUUAAAAACUAGUUCCCCUGCCUUUUAGGGAGGUAGGGGAGGAUAGCUAAAACUUCAGCCUCCAACGACUCACAAAUGCCAAAGAUUUUCAAGGAAAGUCUUAUAUUUAAAAAUGAUUUAUUAACAUUAUCCACCAAAAGAAAUAAAUAAUUUUUCCCUCUUGGGAAGAUAACACCCAUUACCCUCUAACCUGAGAGUAAGAGCCCUAGAUUCCAUUUCUACCUUUACUAUUAAAAACUCAACCUUGAAAUUGAGCUUGGCUAAGUUUUCUGUGCCUUAAAACAGUUUUCUAUAAAAACAAAAACUCAAAAACUCUCACCUUGUAGAACGAUCAUUCUUAAAUUGGUUCUCACCCUCUAAAAAGAUUUUAGCUGGGAAAGUGGUUGAACACAGUUUUCUUUGCAAACACGUUUUCCUUACAAAAUAACAUUGUGAUUUGAUUUUCUUGUAUUCUGGUGGGGAAAAUUGGAGAAAAUGUGUAUUGUCUUGUGCCAUUUUCUAUCACGGCUUUCUCAGGAAAAAAGAUCACUCUUCACUCUCAAUUGUAAUACCUGCUCAGAUAAUUCAGUAUGCGUGUGAGGGCCAUUUUUAGUUCAGUAUUGUGUUGAUCAUUGAUCAUAAGUUGUGAUUUAUUUAAAGAAGCUUAUCAAAAGUUUUAAAGAUUCUAAAUGGAAAACAUGAAUAAAACACUUUCAAGUAGCAAUCUACUCAAGAGUAGAAUCCUGUUUUCAGUUGUAAUGAGCAAAUAGUUAUUUAGAAUUGAUAAUUAACCUAAGUUUCUUAUUCUCUCACCUUAGUACUGUAGCCAAAUACCAUGUAAUUUAUAGGAACAUUAUCUCUAUGGUUCUGUUUACUUAAUUAUAAAUCUGCAGAUAAAACUUGAAUCAGGCGAAUAUACCAAAGAUAGAGGAAUCUUUUCUCCUUGCUUUCAGUUUGUCUCCACCACUUUAGUCCUGCAGAUGGUAAGGCAUCUUUUCGGGCAAGGAUUUGCCCAGGGAGGUCCCAGCCAUCCCUAUCAAGUGCACUGUCUUCUCCCAUUGGAAGAUCAUUUUAUAAGUUUAAAGUAGAAUAAUUGUGGGAACAGGCAGGAAGUAUUUGCAGAUUGUUUUACCAGCAUGAAUCUUGUUUUUCUGGCUUAAAAUCUCAAAUACUGUGAAAUUAUUCUAUAAGAAGGUAAACUUUAAUGCAGUGAUUAGCUUCUUAAAUACUUGGUGAAAUAACUUUAAAACUUCUAUAUAAGAUGCAAAACUGUUUUGUUGCUAUAAUGUUUAUUUUUCUGUACUUGUUUACACAUUAAAUUCUUAAAAAAUUG